AUGAAAAAUAAUACAAAUCAAUUAUUAAUUUGGUUAAAAGAAUUUAAGAAUAUUUGGUUAUUAGAAAAUAUUCCAAAUGAUAUUCAUGUAGUUAAUUUAAUUAAAACUAAAAUUGUUGAACUUGAACAAUUAAUAAUCGAAAAUAAUGACAAUGAAGAAGAAUAUCAUCGUACAAAAUUACUUAAUGAUGAUAGUUUAAAUAAUAGUGAUAAUGAACAAAUACCUAUUGCUUCAACAUCAACACAUGAAACAUUCUUUGAAUGUUCAUUACCAAUAUCAUCAAAUAUACAUUUUCAAUCAGAUAAUGAAACUGAAGAAGAACAAUCAAAACGAAUUUUAUUAGAACAAAGUGAUAAUAGUCAAAAUCAAAAUGAUCAAUUAUCAUCAUCAGAUAAUGAUGAUGAUGUUUUCUUAUUAAGACCAAGUAUUUGUUUAAAACGUAUUUCACAAGCUGAUGUUGAACGUUAUAUGCCAAUAGCAUGGAAAAAUAUAAAGUCAAAAAGACUUUCUACUGCUAGUGAUUCAUCAAAUAGUAAUGAUAUUCCAAGAAAUUCAAAUAUUUUCGAAACAUUAACACCAUCUAAAACUAAUCAUAAUAAUUCUGAUAUUUCAUCCAAUGAUGAGAAGAAAGCUAAAGAAAAAUUACUAACAUCUGAUAAUGAUCAAGUUAGUACAUCAUCUAAAAUACAUAAAAAUAAUGAAAUAUCAACAACAACUUCAUCAUCUGAUGACGAUGAUGAUGAUUUUAAUAUUAAAACUCGUACACGAAAAUCUUUAUUAAAUAAAACUGAAAGAUCACCAAUUAAAUUACGUAAACAUGCAAAUCGUUCUCAUAAAAAACAUGAUAUUAUUAUAAAUUAUAAUCUACCAUCAACAAUAGAAAAUGAAUCAUCAUUAGAUGAACCAAUAUUAAAAGAUUCAUUAGCUAUUACUCAAGAAAUAACUCCAAUGGAUGAAGAUCAAAUAUUAAAAGAUGUUAUAGAAAAUAAUGAUAAUGAAUCAAUAUUUACAUCACUUGAUAUAACUCCAGAUAAACAAAUGGAAACAAAUCUUAAUGAUGAUAUAGAAGAUCCAUUGAACAAUGAAAUUGAUUCAUCAUCAACUCAAGAUUCUACUCAUGAUGGACCACCAAUUGAAGUUCCAUCAUAUGCUCAUUUGCUUACACGUUCAAAAUCAUCAUCAUCAUCAUCAUCAUCAGAUUCGAAUAAUGAAAAUGUAAAUAAUAAUGAUAAAAAAAAAUCAUCUGUUAAAGAUAAAAAACAAUUAAUUAAUGGCAAACGUUCGACACGAUCAUCAUCAAAUUCUGAUACAUCAACAGUUAAAAAGAAAUCAAAACUUACAAUUAAACAACGAGUUGUACUAUCAUCAUUUUCAUCGUCUAGUGAUAAUGAUGAUGAUGAUAAUGACAAUGAUAAUAAAUUGAAAUCAACAGUUCCUGAAGAUGCAUCUACUAUUUCACCAAAGCAUUCAUCAAGUCGAAUCCGAAUUCAACGUUCAUCAUCAUCAUCAUCAUCAUCAUCUGAAGAUUCAAAUAAUGAUAAUGAUAUUUCAACAAAACAUUCUAGAAAACAACGUAAAAGACGAAGUGUUUCAAAUGAACGUUCAAGUAUUUUAAAAGAAAUAAAACGUAAAACACGAGACAAGAAAAAUUCAACAUCAACUCGAACUACUGGUAGUAAUGAAAAUAGUCUUGAUAAUAAUAGUGAUAAUCAAACAAAAACAAAAAAAACUAAAUUACAACGUAGUGGUGAUGAAAAUAAUAGUACAACAGAUGAAGACGAAGAAGAAGAAGAUGAUGAUGAAGAAGAAGAAGAAGAAGGAGUUUCUCCAACUAAACGAAAACAUGGUCGAAAAAAUAUUCGAAAAAUAAUUGAUGAUAAAGAAUUAGAUAUACAAACAAAAGAUGCUAUUGAAGCUGAACGUGAACGUCGAAAACGUAUAGCUGAAAAACAAAAAGAAUAUAAUGAAACUUUACUUGAACAAUCAUCUUAUAUGUCAAAUAAUGGAAGUGAUGAAUUAAAUACUUCAAAUCAUCGUUUAAUACUUGAAUUAGAUAAAAAUACAAAUGAACCAUUAAUUGAAGUUUCAUCAAAAUUAGUUGAACAACUUAAACCACAUCAAUGUGAUGGUGUAAGAUUUUUAUGGAAUAAUGUUUUUGAAUCAAUUGAUGCUAUUAAAAAUAAAAAACGUAAUGGUAAUGGUUGUAUUUUAGCUCAUUGUAUGGGUUUAGGUAAAACAUUACAAGUUAUUAGUUUUAUUCAUACAGUUUUUAAUUAUGAUAACAUAACUAAAGUAAAAACAUGUCUUAUUCUUUGUCCAAUUAAUGCUGCUCUUAAUUGGUCAAAUGAAUUUGAUCAUUGGUUAACAGAUGUUGAACCACCUAUUGAUUGUUAUCAAUUAACAACAGUUAAACCAAAUUUACGUGUUAGUCAUUUAAAUUAUUGGUACGAAAAUGGUGGAGUUGUUAUUAUGGGUUAUGAAAUGUAUAGACGAUUAGCAAAUGGUUUUGGACUUAAAAAUAAAAAACUUAAAGCUGACGCAUAUAAAUGUCUUGUUGAUCCAGGACCAGAUAUUGCUGUUGCUGAUGAAGGACAUAUUUUAAAAAAUGCUCAAACAGCUCUUGCAAAAUGUUUAUCAAAAAUUAAAACAUCUCGUCGUAUUGUUUUAACUGGUACACCAUUACAAAAUAAUCUUAUUGAAUAUUAUUGUAUGGUAUCAUUUAUUAAACCAAAUUUACUUGGUAGUCAAUCUGAAUAUAUAAAUCGUUUUGUUAAUCCAAUUCAAAAUGGUCAACAUCGUGAUUCAAAUGAAGAAGAUGUUCGUUUAAUGAAACGACGUGCAUGUGUUUUACAUGAACUUUUAACUGGUUUUAUUGAUCGUAGAGAUUAUUCAUUAUUAAAAGAAUAUUUACCACCAAAAUUUGAAUAUAUUAUUAAUAUAAGAUUAAGUGAUUUACAAUCAAAAUUAUAUGAUAUAUAUUUAAAACAACAAGUUGAUCAAACACAACGUUCAUCUAUAUCUAAAAAAGAUUUUAAAUCAGCAAAAUUAUUUGCUGAUUAUCAAUAUUUACAAAAAAUAUGGACACAUCCAUUUUUACUUUAUCCACAUUUUAUUGAUCGUUGGAAAAAACGUUUAAAUAAAGAUGAUGAUAGUAUAAUUGAUGAUAAUGAAUUAGAAGCUAUGUUUAUUGAUGAUGAAGAAAAUGUUGAAGAAUCGAAAAAGAAAAAUAAGAAAUUAAAUGAAAAAGAAAAAGAGUCAACAUUAGAAAAUAACUAUAGUGGCUUUUUAAUUGAUAAUAUUCAAAAUGAAAUCGACGAAAAUAAACCAAUUAUAUUAAAAACAACAAAACGUAAAACUUCGAUUUCAUCGACAACAACAACACUUGAUUCUGAUUCACCAGAAGAUAAUAUAAAAAUUGAUGCUAUUAUUGAUUCAGAUUCAAAAUCAACAAAUAGUGAUCAUGAUAUUGAAAUAAUUAAAACUUAUCCUACACGUAGUCGUACAACAAUAAAUAAUGAACUAAAAAAAAGUUCGUCAUCAAUAAUUAUUGAUUCAAAUAUAUUUGAUACAGAAAAUAAUCAAAAUUCUACACAAGAAAUAAAUAAUAAUAAUAAUGAAGAACAAGAAGAAAAUUCCUAUAAACCAUGGUUAAAUGAAAUGCGUUCACAAUUUUGGUUUCCAUUCUUAGAUAUGUUACCUGAAGAAAGUAAAUUUGAUAUAGAAUUAAGUGGAAAAUUUUUAUUAUUAAAAUUUAUUAUUGAUAAAUGUGCUGAAAUAGGUGAUAAAAUUCUUUUAUUUUCACGUAGUUUAUAUGCAUUAAAUUAUAUUGAAAGUUUUCUAAAAUAUUUACAUAUUGAAAAUGAAAAAGAAUAUCAAAAACAAUGUGAAUCAAGACGACAAUUACGUGAAAUUCUUUCAUCAAAUAAUGAUAAUAUUACAAAUGAACAUAUACCUGAACCAGUACAAUGGAUACGUGAUCAAGAUUAUUUUCGAAUGGAUGGUCAAACAGAAAUUAUAUCAAGAAAACGUUAUGCUAAAACAUUUAAUGAUACAUCAAAUUUACGUGCUAGAUUAUUUCUUAUAUCAACAUUAGCUGGUGGUAUUGGAAUUAAUCUAACUGGUAGUAAUCGUGUUAUUGUUUUUGAUGCAAGUUGGAAUCCGAGUCAUGAUACUCAAGCAAUAUUUCGUUCAUAUCGUUUUGGUCAAAAGAAACCAGUUUAUGUCUAUCGACUUUUAGCUCAUGGUACAAUGGAAGAAAAGAUUUAUCAACGACAAGUUGUUAAACAAUCAAUAUCACAACGUGUGGUUGAUGAUCAUCAAUUAGAUCGUCAUUUUACUCAAAGUGAUAUAAAAGAAUUAUAUAAAUUUAAACCAGAACAAUUACCAGAAGCUCGAUCAACAUCAACACUUUUAACAGAAUCAGAUACAAAUUUUAAUUAUCCAAUACCAAAAGAUCAUCUUUUACUUGAUCUUUUAUAUGAACAUAGUCGUUGGAUACAUUCAUAUCAUUCUCAUGAUUCAUUAUUAGAAAAUAAACUUGAUGAAUGUCUAAGUGCUGAAGAACGACGUCGAGCUCUUGAAGAAUAUGAAAGUUUAAAACGUUUACCUGAUCAACGUCAAAUAGCUCUGCAACGUUUUCAACAACAACAACAAUUAAAUGCUCUUAUUGCUCAACAACAACAAUUAGCAUCGACACAAGGCCGAAGACUUCUUCAACAAAAUCAAAAUUUUCAACAAUUAUAUUCCGAUAUCUAUCAACCACUACAAAAUGUUAAUGAAUAUAAUUUAGAUAUUGCACGAGUACUUCAAAGUAUUUAUGAUAUGCAAAAUGGUAGAGAUAUGACAAAUAAUAUAACAAAACCAACAAAUAGACGUAUACAACAACAAUCAAUGAUGAAUCAAAAUACUACAGCUGGUUUAGUUCCUAUUCAACCUCGACCGACGACUAUUAGUACAACAAAUGUCGAUUCGAAUGGUGUGAUUUUUCUAGAAAGUGAUGAUGAAACAGGAAAUGAUAGAACAAAUACAGUAGCGAAAUGA